GUGCGUUUGUUGUACACAGUGGAUUCUCUCCUUGGCACUAAUGGGCCUCCAUACUCGCCCCACUCGCACCAAUCGUGACAAUGGGAGGGGGCGGGGCCACAUCAGGUUAGGUUGUCCCUCUCAUUGGCCAGAUAACAAACGCCACCCACUCGCGUUGCAGACCGCCGUUGGGGAGUCGAGAGAAGUUUAGCGUCAGCGAAGCUCCACGAGAAAUAAAAAAGAAAAACACAAAUAAUGAGACGGGCGUGAAGGGAUGAGCCAGGUGGACCUGAUGAAAUCGUCGUUGCCGGGAGAGUUUCUGAUGAGACACAGGCGCCUUCUCUGAUAGAGAGGGGGGGGGAUUUGCCUCAGAGCGUGGAGGGAAACCCCUGUAGCUGCUAGCGGCUCGUUAGCCGCUAACUAGCCGGCGUCGCCGGAGGGGAACUGGAACGAGUCGCGGAUGUGCGAAGCUAACGGCGACGGGUUGAACCGCUGCCUCUGCUGGCGAACUUUUGUUAGCCGCUAACUAGCCGCCGCAGCUUGGAAGCUAACGACUCCGCCUGAAUCCGCUGGCGAACUUUGUCCGCCGCUGCCUUCCCGCCGAGGCGACGUUUGGAACCUCUGCGGCAGUUAGCGAACUUCGUUAGCCGUUAACUACCCGCCGCGGCUAGGAAGCUAACGACGGUUGGUGGGCUGGAUCUAUUUUUCCCCGGAGGUUGGGUUCGUUGCCACCGAAGGUGGUUUUUAUCAACCCCGGUCCCGACGGCGUUGUUUGCGGCCGGCAUCUUUUUUUUUUUUAUUGGCGUCGAGUCCAUGCUAGCAACGGCUACAGCGGCGAUGUGCCACAUUAGCUAGCGAACACACCACUUCUUUUGUACUGUUUUUUGUUUGUUUUUGUUCGACAUUUUGCCAGUGCUUUGUUGUUUUUUUAAUGGAGAACACCCCACGGGUAACUCGUGUAUCAGCCGUACUUUGAUGCCGUGUCGCCCGGCGGCUUGUAGUCCCUCCAGAGGAAGCCGACGCGGAGCAUGCAGCGGGAGGAGGACUGAAGUCACGUUAGAUAAGGAGACGUCGGUCACGGCCCAGUUACACCGUUCUAUCUAAAAGGGGGGUUUACGUCCGGUGACCCGCACUCAGGGGACAGAAAGUACAGAAUGAAGAAGUUUUCCAGGAUGUCGGACAGCGGCGGAGGGGCGUCCGGCUCCGGGCUCAGCAGCUACUUCGGCAAAGUGUUCGCCAUCGGCCGCUACCAGGUGACCGUGGACGAGCUCAUCGCAGAGGGAGGCUUCUCCGUGGUGUUUCUGGCUCGAACGCACAGCGGCGUCCGCUGCGCUCUCAAGAGGAUGUACGUCAACAACGUGCCGGACCUCAACGUCUACAAGAGGGAGAUCGCCAUCAUGAAGGAGCUGUCGGGCCACAAGAACAUUGUGGGCUACCUGGACUCGACAAUCAACGCGGUGUCAGACAGCGUGUGGGAGGUCCUGAUCCUCAUGGAAUUCUGUAAAGCCGGUCAGGUGGUGAAGCAGAUGAACCAGCGGUUGAACGUGGGCUUCAGCGAGGCCGAGGUCCUCCACGUCUUCUGUGACGCCUGCGAGGCCGUGGCCCGCCUGCACCAAUGCAAGACGCCCAUCAUCCACAGAGACCUCAAGGUGGAGAACAUCCUGCUGAACGACCAGGGGAACUACGUGCUGUGUGACUUCGGCAGCGCCACCCACAAGGUUCUGCUGCCCCACCAAGACGGGGUGACCGCCGUGGAGGACGAGAUCAAGAAGUACACGACGCUUUCAUAUCGGGCGCCAGAGAUGAUCAACCUGUAUGCAGGGACAGCCAUCACCACCAAGGCGGAUAUAUGGGCUCUCGGGUGCUUGUUGUACAAGCUGUGCUUCUUCGCCCUGCCAUUCGGAGAGAGUCAAGUGGCCAUUUGUGACGGAACCUUUAACGUUCCAGAUAACUCAAAGUUCUCCUCCAAGCUGCACUGUUUGAUCAGGUACCUCCUCGACCCGGAGCCGGAGAAGAGACCCGACAUCUACCAAGUGUCCUACUUUGCCUUCCAACUAGCUGGGAAAGAGUGUCCAGUGCCAAAUCUCUUUAACUCCCCCAUCCCCACGUCUCUGCCAGAGCCUCUGACCGCCAGCGAGGUGGCUGCCCGGAGGAGCACAACCAAGGCCAGGAUAACGGACGACGCCGGCCCCACGGAGACGUCCAUCGCCCCCCGCCAGAGGCCCAAACCAGCCAACAGCAACGUCCUGCCGCUCGCCAACACCGUCACCCCCGCCAACAUGACCGCGCCCUCGGCCCCCGUCAGCAACGGACAGAGAGCUCUGACCCCCGGCUCCGUGCAGCCCGGCAGUCAGCAGCACCGCGCCCUGCAGCAGCUGCAGCCUGGAGACCUGCGUCUCCAGCAGCUACAACAACAACAACAACAACAACGACACCAACAGCAGCAGCAACAACAAGCCGCUGUGCAGCAGCAACAUGCAAACGCACAGCAGCUUCAAUACCUCCAGUACCAACAGGCUGUGCAGCAGUCCCUGCAGCUUCAGCAGCAGCAUCAUCAGGCUCUUCAGCAGCAGCAGCAUCAUCAGGCCCUGCAACAGCAGCAUCAUGAAGCCCUGCAGCAGCAGCAUCAUCAGGCUCUUCAGCAGCAGCAUCAUGAAGCCCUGCAGCAGCAGCAGCAGCAUCAUCAGGCUCUUCAGCAUCAUCAGGCUCUGCAGCAGCAGCAGCAGCUGAUGAUGCAUCCGUUGUACCAGCAGCAGGUCGCCCAGGCUCAGUACGCCGCCAUGCUGCACCAGUACCAGCAGGCGUUUGUGCAGCAGCAGCAUCAACAACUGCUACGACAACAACAGCAGCAGCAGCAGUACCACCCCCCCGCUCAGCAGCCCCCCCCCUACAUUUCCCCCCCCCUCGAGUUCCAGACCCCGCUGAGCUCCUACAACGCUGCCAGGAGCGGCGCUGGGACGAGGCAGAUGAGCGGACCAUCAGCUGUGGACUCCUCCUCCAGCACGGCCAGUACGAACCCCCUGCUGGCGUUGGACGGGUUCACGGCGCCCGCUCGCAGUGGGCUCAGCAACCCCCCCGACAUGACGCGCUGGAACCCCUUCGGCGACGACAACUUCUCCCGCCUGACGGAGGAGGAGCUUCUGGACCGCGAGUUCGACCUCCUGAGAGCAGGUAAAGCAGCAGAGAGAACGGAAAGCAUGGACAUGGACCGGCUGCAGCCCUCCACCACCAAACCCCCCCCACCGGAGGACCUGUUUGGCUCGGCCCCCUUUGUGGCCAGCGCAGGCGGCGAUGAGAUGAAGACCGAGCACAGACCGGGCCGGAGGAGCAACCCCCGACCCGGGGGGGAGGAGUCCGACAGCGACUUCGAGUCCGACCCUCCUUCGCCAAAGAGCAGCGAGGAGGAGGAGGAGGAGGCGGAGGAGGAAGAGGACACGGAGCCGGAGAACAUGGGCCAGAGGCCUCUGCUGAUGGACUCGGACGAGGAUUCGGACUGCGACCCCCCCGGGGACAGGAACCGCAAGGGGCGUUCUCAGGGGGACUCGGCCAUGACCCUGAUCACCCCCCCGGAGUCGCCCGGCGGGGCGGCUCUCGUGGACGUCUUCGGCCUGGCCCCCUUCGCCGGGCCCUCGGUGGCGUCCGACAUCUUCUCCGAGGCGCCGUUCAGGCGAGCCGCCGCCGACGUGUUCACCAAAGCGCCGUUCCACCGCCACCUCUCCAGGUCGGGGCGGGGGGACGUCCCCGUGGGGCAGACGCCGCCGGUCUCCCCCGAGGGCGUCGACGCCUUCGGCGUCUCCCCCUUCCAGCCGGGCCCGGCCCCCUCCAGGAGCGCCGAGGGCAUCUUGCAGGCGUCCCCCGAGGACUCGGCCAGCCCGCCGGCGCCGCAGCAUCAUCAGCGGCUGAAGCAGCGCAGCCUCCAGAGGCUGGCGUCCCGGCAGAGGAAGACCAAGCAGCACCACGGCGCCCCGACCAGCGGGCGCAAGCCCGGGAAGCCGGCGCACCGCACGCCGGAGCGGGCCCGCCGGCACAAGAAGGUCGGCCGGAGGGACUCGCAGAGCAGCAACGAGCUCCUCGCCGCCUCCGACUCCAAGGAGAACAUCGGCGCCGACGUGACCAUGGCGGAGGGAGCGGCCGGGCCGGCGGACGAGGCCCUCCUGGACCCGUUCGGAGCCAAGCCCUUCCACCCUCAGGACGCCGGCCAGUACCAGGGCCCCCCCGAGGGCGAGUCCUGGGCGGGGCCCCCCCUCCUCGUCGGCACGGAUGAUUUUGGGGCGGUUCCCUUUGAGGGGGCGGCCGUCCUCGGCGACCCUCUGGACCUCGACCCGUUUGGAGCGGCGCCGUUCCCCACCAAGCAGUGACUCCUCCUCCCGACCCGACCUGCCACCAUCUUUGUUUCCUUUCCAAGCACCACGAGGCCUUACCUCCCCCCCCUCCUCCCCCCCCCUAACCACUUUUUAACUGGUCUAGAUCUCUCUGCACUCUGCUACAUGUUCACUGGUUUCUCUUAACUGUUCUUUUGUUGCCUCGCAGUAACCGUGACGACUGCGUAUUCUUUAUUUUUAAGUUACAGAUAAAAAGGUCAUUUAUAAGGUCAUAGAAUGUAAGACGUCUGUCUGGACUCAUUUCUUAAACUCAAAAGACGGUUUUGAUCUUUGUUUUUCACUAAUGCUGCAGAACACAAAGGGAACAGAGAGACGUUUGUGUGUCUUUGUGUGUCCUCCAGACGCCUUAAAGCUGCAGGUUGCUGUUUUCACCCUUUGAUACGACUUCUUUCUCACGUUGUAUUUAUCGUGCUAAAAACUGUUUGAUGCAAUAAAAAACAUUAAAAAGUUUGA